AUGCCGUGGACACAAACCGCACCAGGCGUCUUCUCGCGGCCCCUCGGCGAGAACGAGACGUUUAUCAAGCUGGUCAGCGAUCCCGGCCACCCCCUCCAGCGCGAGCACUGGGCGAUCAACUCGACGGCGACUAUCCGUCCCGUCGGGGCGCUGGCCUCGCAGGACAUCCUGGCCGCCGUGCUGCGCCGGGCCUGGGCACACCUGCGCUUCCAGCACCCGAGUCUCGCCGCGCAGGUGGCCGCUGACAACACGCAUCUGACCUACACGGUGCCCUCGUCGGCCGAGGCGCUGCACGAAUGGACGGAGCAGACGUUCGCCGUCGUGGACGCCGCGUCUGCGAGCGAGGUGAUCCCCACGCUGAAGCCGGGCCCGUAUGCGACGCUGUACUACGUGCCCCAGAGCGGCGAGCUGCUGGGCCACACGGCACACUGGCGGACAGACGGCAUUGGCG